AUGUCUCAACUUGAGGACGAGGCCGAUGGACAACCUCAGUUUCCAGGAGAUGAUCCUCGCCCGACGAGCAAAAGGGAGCUGGCCGGCUGGUACUGCUACGGCUGGGCGGCCGAGGUCUUCACCGUAUGUGCUAUGGGCUCUUUUCUCCCGAUUACCCUAGAGCAAAUGGCACGCGAUCGCGGUGUUCUUCUAUCUGAUAAGAUCACCCCGUGCAGCCCAACUUGGAACCCUUCCAAGCAGAUAUCUCAUCCAGCCGAAUUUGAAGUCCAAGGAUCUGGCGGGGGUCAGUGCAUCAUCUACUUACUAGGCUCGGAGAUCAACACGGCGAGCUUUGCUUUGUACACAUUUUCCCUGAGUGUCUUGGUCCAAGCGGUUCUCAUUAUAUCCAUGUCUGGCGCCGCCGAUCAUGGAAACUACCGCAAGACGCUGCUAGUCGUGUUUGCUUUUAUUGGCUCUGUUGCGACUAUGUUGUUUCUUGCCGUUGUACCUCAGGUCUACCUUCUCGGCGGUUUCUUGGCCAUCGUCGCGAAUACCUGCUUCGGUGCGUCUUUUGUCCUCCUGAAUUCCUUUUUGCCAGUUCUUGUGCGCCACCAUCCUUUGAUUCUUGAGAAGAGUCGAGAAGCGCAUCUACCACGGGUGAAUGUCCAUGUAUCCCACGGAGACCCUUCUCCUACUGGGCACAGUGCCCAAGUGAGUCCCGACGACUCCACACCUUUGCUUGGUGCCGACAGGGAGAACCACGAGACCAAUACCACCGUGAUGACCUCACUGGAGCUCAGUCUUUCUACAAGGAUAUCCUCCUUUGGAAUCGGUAUUGGCUAUAUCGGCGCAGUGACCCUUCAACUCAUUUCCAUUGUCGUGGUCAUGACUAUUAAGCAAACAACGUUUUCUCUGCGCCUUGUGUUAUUUCUGAUCGGAUUAUGGUGGUUCGUCUUUACCAUACCCGCAACCGUGUGGCUACGGGCUCGACCUGGACCGGCCCUUCUGGGACGCGAUGGGAAAGCGCUUCACUCCUGGAUGGCAUACAUGAUAUAUUCCUGGGUAUCACUUGGGAAGACUGCAAUGCGUGCACGACGCCUCAAGGAUAUAUUGCUCUUUUUGGCUGCCUGGUUUCUCCUCAGCGAUGGAAUUGCCACCGUCAGCGGAACCGCCGUUUUGUUUGCGAAGACCGAGCUAGACAUGAAGCCCGCAGCUCUUGGUCUGAUCAACGUGGUCGUCAUGAUUGCUGGAGUCUUUGGGGCGUUUUCCUGGAGCUACGUGUCGAGUCUGCUUCGCCUUCGAGCUUCGCAGACGAUCAUUGCCUGCAUCGUUCUAUUUGAGCUGAUUCCCCUCUACGGGAUUCUCGGUUAUCUCCCGUCAGUGCAGCGGCUGGGUAUUGGCCUCCAACAGCCUUGGGAGAUGUAUCCGUUGGGGGCCGUCUACGGGCUUGUGAUGGGUGGACUAUCGUCAUACUGUCGAAGCUUCUUCGCGGAGCUGAUCCCGCCGGGAUACGAGGCGGCCUUCUACGCUCUUUACGCGAUUACCGAUAAGGGAUCGAGCGUUUUCGGGCCCGCGAUCGUCGGCGCUAUUACGGAUCGAUAUGGCGAGAUCCGACCCGCAUUUGUGUUUCUGGCCAUUCUGAUAUUCCUCCCGUUGCCCCUCAUGCUACUUGUAGAUGUGGACCGUGGGAAACGGGAUGCCCUGGCGCUGGGGGCCGAACUGGAUCAUAUCUCCGAAGGGUCUGGGUAUGGGGCCAUUUCCACUCGGCCUGAGGAUCAGUCGAGUGACUUCCACAGCCCUAUAACCUCGUAA